CUUCCGGUCAGGUUAAAAGCUCCAGAAACUAGCAGGAAAACAUCCUGUCACCCUGCUGCUGGAAAGAUUAGACACAUUUUUAGUUCAAAAUGGACGUAAAUCAGACGAAGCAGGAACAUUUGCUCGCUUUAAAAGUGAUGCGGCUGACGAAACCAACUCUUUUCACAAACUUGCCGGUGACUUGUGAGGAUCGAGAUCUUCCAGGGGAUCUGUUCAGUCAGCUCAUGAGAGACGACCCCUCCACCAUCAAAGGAGCAGAGACACUAAUGCUGGGAGAGAUGCUGACAUUACCACAGAACUUUGGAAAUAUUUUUCUCGGGGAGACGUUCUCCAGUUAUAUAAGUGUGCAUAACGACAGCAACCAGAUUGUAAAAGACAUUCUUGUGAAGGCUGAUCUCCAGACGAGCUCCCAGAGGCUCAGUCUCUCUGCGUCCAACUCUGCGGUGGCAGAGCUCAAACCCGAGUGCUGCAUUGAUGACGUCAUCCAUCAUGAAGUCAAAGAAAUAGGAACACACAUUUUAGUUUGUGCUGUCAGUUACACCUCUCAGUUCGGGGAGAAGCUCUAUUUUCGCAAGUUCUUCAAAUUCCAGGUUUUGAAACCCCUGGAUGUGAAGACAAAGUUCUACAAUGCAGAGAGUGACCUGAGUUCUGUGACAGAUGAAGUGUUUCUGGAAGCUCAGAUCCAGAACAUCACCACGUCACCCAUGUUCAUGGAGAAAGUGUCUCUAGAACCUUCCAUGAUGUACAACGUUACAGAACUCAACAGCGUUUCGUGUGGAGAGCAGGGGGAGUCGACGUUCGGUAAAAUGUCCUACCUGCAGCCCAUGGACACUCGGCAGUAUUUGUACUGCUUGAAGCCGAAGCCGGAGUACGCAGAGAAGGCCGGCGUCAUUAAAGGAGUGACGGUGAUCGGGAAGCUCGACAUCGUUUGGAAGACCAACCUCGGGGAGAGGGGGCGGCUGCAGACCAGUCAGCUGCAGAGAAUG